CGGAAGGAAAGCGAAGUCGAAGACCUGAAACCCUAUCUAUCGUUAUUUCUCGAGGUUUCAUUUGUGAUUGUGGGAAAAGAUGCCUCAGAGGCACUCGAAGAACAACAACGAUCUCGCGUUCUUCACGUACGACGAGAAGCGGAAACUAGGUUAUGGUACCCAGAAGGAGAGGUUGGGAAAGGACUCCAUUAAGCCCUUCGAUGCUUGCUCUCUCUGCCUCAAAUCCCUAAUCGACCCUAUGAGCUGCCAGAAGGGCCAUCUCUUUUGCAAAGAGUGCAUUCUCCAGUGCCUCUUGUCUCAGAAGAAAGACAUUCAAAGGAAGCUUGCAGCCCAUGCUGCUCAGCAGAAGCAAGAAAAAGAGGAGGAAGAAGAGAAGUUGAUGUUACAAAAGGCUAAAGAGCUUGAUGCAUUUGAUCAACAAAAUCAUGGUGCUGUACCACAAUACAGCGACAAAACUUAUAGCCAUGAUAAGAAUGGUUUCCAUGGGGCAAACAGUGUGAAGGUCACUUCCUAUGAGGAGGAAGCCCUUCGGACAAUGAAGGCAUUUUGGUUGCCUUCUGCUACGCCAGAAGCUUCUGUUAAAGUAGAUGCACCUUCUACAAGUACUAUCUGUCCGGAAGGCAAGGAGAAACUGAAGUUAAAGACACUUUUCCCUGUGCAGUUUACUGAGGAUACUAGUGAGCAGAAAAAAUUCAAGGCUCUUGACAAGACCUACAUUUGCCCUAGCUGCAAAGUUACUCUCACUAACACAAUGUCGCUUGUGGCCCUUAGUACAUGUGGGCAUGUCUUUUGCAAGAAAUGUGCUGACAGAUUUAUGGCUGUUGAUAAAGUUUGUCUUGUUUGCAACAAGGCGUGUAAAGAGAGAAAUUUGGUGAAUUUGGAGAAGGGAGGGACAGGUUUUGCUGGUCAUGGAGAUCAUCUUGAAGCCACAGACUUCAAGCAUUUGGGAAGCGGUAGUGGUUUAGGGCUGGUUAGACCUGCAAUGAAAACUUGAUGCUUUAUUUAGGUUCUUUCAGGAGAAGAAAAUUGUGCUUUAACUUCUCUUGAUGAAGUUACCUUGUUACCGUGGUAAACAUCAUUAUCUAUCUUAUCUAUGAUAUGAUGUUCUACUUCGUUUAUUUUAUUUUUACUUUUUUUUGUUUACCCGAGAUAAACUUAACGUGAAAAAUCAGCUUGAUCCAUUAAUGACUAGCGAUUGGCAAUGUUAAAUGUAAAUGGAUGCAUUCUCUGCCGUAUUCUUAUUUGUUGUGAAAGGAUGCUGGCAUAUGAAGUCCCGAUACUUAAAAAAAUGAAAAUGUAGACACAGAUAUAUAUCCAAGAAGUAUCCAAUU